UCUCUUUAUACGCGCAGGUUCAUGUUUUUGGGCGCGCGCUUUUCAGGGAGCGCGCACAUAUAUCCAGCGUCUUUAUCAUUUAAGCAACGAGCUGAGAGUCUGUGCAGCAAGUGAACAGGGACUCUUAAGUUAUCGGGAUCGGAGUAGGUGAAACCGAGGAGCUUUCCAUGCGGACGGACUGUUGAAGAGGAAAGAAAGGGAAGGAUGCUGAUCCGAGCAGAUCCUGGAGCUGCAGCUUCACCUCAUCAGCGCAACCACGGGAUCGUCCUGUAACUUUUAAUCUGUUGAAGUUGAACUCAGCUGUUUAUUGCUCUAUUCUAAGUGGUGCUCGGCUGUCAUGGUUGGUUCACCGGUCAACAGCGCGCUUUUCCUGUGCGCCUUCCUCCCGCUGUUCGCCCUGCACGGCGGACAGGUGCCAAACUGCCAGGACGUGCGCACAGUGUUUCAGUCUCUGCACCCUGGAUCCAAGUGGGUCCCCGAAACCCCAGUGUCAGGUGCGGAUCUGCAGGUUUGCCAAACCAAAGGCCCGACCUGCUGUUCCAAGAAGAUGGAGGAGCGGUAUCAGGUAGCCGCACGCAGCAACAUGGAGUCUGGUCUGCAGGCUGUCAGUUCUCAACUCAAGCGUCUCAUCAUCCAGAACGCUGCCAUAUUCCAAGAGGCCUUUGACCUGGUGCUGCGUCAUGCCCGUAACUCCACCCUGGCCAUGCUGAAGUCAGAGUUCCCAGGUCUUGGAGGUGGGGCUCAGAGCUCAGUGGGGCAGCUCUUCCUGGACAUGUCAUUCUACAUCCUGGGCUCAGACUCCACAGUGGACCAUAUGGUGGCAGUGCUCUAUGGUCGCCUCUUCCCCCUCACAUACCGCCGUCUGCUGGGGGGCAGUGUGUCCUCUGUGUCUGAGGAGUGUGUUAAAGGAGCCUGGAAGGACUCAGGAGCAUUUGGCUCUUAUCCCAAACUGAUGAUGACCCGUCUGUCUCGCUCUCUUCUGGCUACACGAGUCUUCCUGCAGGCGCUGAACCUGGGCAUUGAGGUUGUCAAUACAACAGACCACCUGCGGCCAAGUCGGGACUGUAGCCGGGCCCUGCUGAGGCUGUGGUACUGCCCACACUGCCAGGGCAUGCUAGGGCCACCAGCCUGUAGAGGCUUCUGUCAGACAGUGAUGCAUGGCUGCCUGGGGGGAGCAGCAGAGGUGCAGCCUCACUGGAGAAGCUAUGUAGACGGACUGGGAAAGCUGGCCAGUGCCAUGAGGGGAGAGCAGGACAUGGAGGCUGUUAUUCUCAGACUGCCUUCUAUGAUCAAACUGGCUCUGAAGCAUGCUGUGAAUGCCCGCAGCCGCCUCAGUGCUCUGGUGAUUGGAAUGUGUGGACACACUCCUCAGCGGGCCUCUCGUUCAGUCGCACCCCCUCCUGUCCAGCCUCCUGCUGCUUCUGUAGCCCGUAACUCGCAGCCCCCAUCCUCAGACUCUGAUGAGACUUUGGCUGGACUCCGCAGGGAGUUCAUAUCUAGCCUGAGGGGCUUCAGCUCCUUCUACAGUGGUCUUGGGGAGGCAUUAUGCAGCCGUGAACCUCCUCCAGCAAACCACUCCCUCUGCUGGAAUGGACAAGAAAUGACAGACAGGUUUCCUGGGCCUGGCCCGAAGAGACUGCACCCAGGCUCAGAGUCCCGAAGCAACAAGCCUCCCGAGCCGAUCAUCAGCCAGAUCAUAGACAAACUCAAACACAUCAACCAGUUGCUGCAGCUUGUGACAGUAUCGGAAAAGCGCUGGAGAGCCCGGUCACGUGGACUCGGAGUGGACGGGUGGAACAAUGACGGGGAAGAGGGAUUUGAGAGUGGCGACUGCGAUGAUGAAGACGAGUGCGCCGGGGUGUCAGGGCUGGGGCCACCACCAAGACGCAAACGGUUACGCAUCUUUUCAGACCUCGCCGAUAACCUGGAUGACUUCACCUUCCAGGAGCAGCUACUGACCCCUCGGUUGGCCACAGCUGGGGUCGGAGGCGUCUCCUCGGCUGCAGCUCCUCUGUGGAAGAGCUACUUGGUUCUAAUGCUCCCUGUGACGCUGCUGUGUCAGCACUGACAUGCUCCCGUCACUUCUUUCCCUUAGGAUUCAAUACAAACUCAAUGGAACAUGAUAAACCCCUUUUUUAAAGUUCUGGUUUCUGAUAUAAAGGUUAGUGGCUUGUAAAA